AUGCACAUUCACCUCGCCCAAGUUCAGGUUGAGGCAUUCCUCGAGACUCAUGUGCCUGGUAAAGACUUCAAACACAAUGCUAGGAAGGAGCCCUUGAGAUUCAAUACACAGUUGCUCGAAAAGCCUGAUCUCAAUGAGCGCGAAAUGGCAGAAGAGUUUAUCCGUGUCGCAAGCCCUGCACUCAAGAGGCGUAGUGCGCAACGACUCGUAGCCAAGAUCACUGCAGACGUGCCGGAUUCCACAGAGUCAACGGGGUUUGGUCAAGGUGGUAAGACGAGACCUGACGUCGUCCUCUAUCCAAAGGACCCAGUAGCGGCCAAGGACUACACCCUGUCGAAGGACGACAUUGAGGGACUCAAGAAGGCGAGGGACAAGAGAAAGACAUACAAGAAUUCGAAGGACGGAAUCAAAACACUCAAGGAAUCGGAAUACGAUGACAGUCAUCUUGCUCGGACCUGUUGGUCGCGGGUCUGCGUACCCGUGGAGUUCAAGGCAGAUCAUCAGAAGUCGGCGUUCGGGUUCGGCAAUGAACGCGAUUUCCUUCCUGAUGACAUCCACAGGCAAGCCGCAGUAGGCCAACUUGCCGACUACGCUGCCAGAAUUCUUCAGCGCCAACACCGUCUAUUCUUCUUCAUGAUCGCAAUCACUCGCACCGAGGCGCGACUCAUGCGGUGGGACCGGGCUGGUGCUGCUGUUACCACAGCCCUCGAUCUCAAAGACCCCGAUCAAGCGGACAAGCUACUGACAUUUCUGUAUCGACUAAGCAUGAUGAGCCACAAACAACGCGGCUACGACCCUACCGUUGUGCGUGCGACCAAGAAGGACAUCGACUUGAUGCGAAAGGCAAAGGACUCCAUACCUGAAGAUGACUACCGUCUGAAGCGCCUGAACGUGGCUAUGACCGAGGGUUGGCCCGUCUACAAGGUGCUGUGUCGUGAGGACGACGUUGUAUCUGUGGACGCAUGGCGUACUGCUAGCACGAAUAUUGACUCUGCAUCUUCCACUGUAUCUCCGUCUUCCUCGCCUGUAGCUAAUAUCGGCUCACUAUCCGAGGACCCUGAUCUCUCUGGACCUGAAACUUCCUCGGCAGCUCGCACUACAUCGAAAGCUCGUGCCGCCUCGAAACCUCGUAACCGCCCUGCUGUACAUUAUCGGUGCUUCUUGAUCUGCAAACAUGACUUCUCGAGCACCUCUCCUAUCGGGCGUGGCACAAGAGGGUAUCUUGCGUUCGACAUGAAGACUGGCAAAUUUGUAUACUUCAAGGACUCUUGGCGCGUCUCCACAGGAAACUCGGAGAUCAAGGUCUAUCAGCAUUUGCACGAGCAUGGUGUCGGAAACAUCGCCACGCCGAUUUGUGGUGGCGAUGUCGUGCAUACCGACGGGACUCUGCAUCGAACGUUAGCUCAGGAUCACAACGGCAAUGCAGAAUACAUCCAUUGCCGGCUUGUGAUGGAAGAGAUCGGUGAGUCCAUCCUGGACUAUCCCACCAGCAAAGACUUGGUGGCGGUGAUGUUUGGCGCUGUGGUUGCACAUCGGCAGGCUUGGGAAAAGGCUUGGGUGCUGCACGGGGACAUCAGCGCGGCAAACAUGCUCAUGAUCCCAGAUCCCAGAUCACCGAUUCCUGGUGUUACGAAGAGAGGGAUCCUCAUUGACUGGGAUUUCUGCAAGUUUGACGCUGAGCUUAAGCAAGGCGCUAAGCAAAGCAACCGUUCAGGAACAUGGCAAUUCAUGUCCGCGUUGCUUCUCUUGAGGCCGGGUAUCAAACAACACACUAUUGCCGACGACUUGGAAUCAUUCAUGCACGUUCUCAACUGGAUCUGUCUGCGGUACCACAAUACCAUACAUGAUCAAGAUCUACAAGGGCAUGUUCUUUGUAUAUUCAGCGGCAUUCCGUCCGCACAUCUGUCUGAGGUGUCCGCCCUAAAGGAUCUGCUUUACAAUCUAGCGAGAUUGUGCAAAGCUCAGUACAACGCCACCGAUCUUACACCAUACGCCGGACUAGUCCCUAACAACGCAUCCGCUCCUGCAAGUUUCUAUACGUUCAGGGACUAUGACAUAUCCGGUUUCAGAGAUUCCGUGGGGGUCAAGGGCAUUCACAAGCACGAGCGUGCUCCAACUGCGGCCAAGACUGUCCGAGACCCGCCAUUUUUGACCCACAAGCAAAUCGUUGAUGCUUUCAAGAUGGCUCUUUGUGGGCAUGCCCAAUGCUACCCCGACAAAAAGGACGACAAAUUUGUGCAGUUCGCGGAAAUUGAUCAAUCCAUAGACUCUGUGUCCUCUACCUUCUCUCGACAAAGUGCUGGUUCAAAACGACACUCGGAAGAGCUUGAAGAUGCAGACGAGGAGCAACCACUUGCGAAGAAACCCAGGGCCACGAGGACGAACUGA